AUGUUGAUGGAGACGCUGGAGCGAGAGGUGGAAGCCCUGAACGCUGAGGUGACGCGGCUUCGAUUGAUGGUGUACUACAUGAAAGAUACCAUGGGCGCCUCUGCGCCUCCGUCGGCAGUGUUUGCAAAUCGUGAGAAUGGCUACUGCAGUGUGUGUGGCCGUGGGGCGAGCUCACGCGAUCCCACUCCUCAAGUGGAGGCCAAAAGUAGCAGCCGUGGGGAGUCGGUAGCAUCGGAUCUUGUGUCGCAGCGGGUGAUAGAAGCAGUUGCACACUUGUUGGCUGCCAGUAAAGACAUGAGGGCUGUGUUGCCAGCGCCGCACGAGGGAUGCGUUGACAAACACUCGGAUUGUCUUCGACAACGCAAGGGGUCACUGAAGGAAAAAAAAAGAAAAACAUAG